CCACGACUAACGUAACAACAAAACAUACACACAAUACUAAAUAUAUCUUUUAAUUUCAUUAUUAUAUAAGUUAAAUAUGUUAAAAGUAUUUAAAGUUGUCUCCCCCUGCUGAGUCAUAUAGAAGCUACAAAUGGCUGGUCUGGGUGUGGGUGCGUUGGGGGGUGCCGGUGCUGUUCUUGCUGCUGAAGUUUGCGCACCACUUCUGCUGCUCUGCUGGCUGUGCUGUUGGCCCGAUGACGACAGAUCAGAUUCUAGCUCAGGGAAAUAUCAACCUCAAAAACCUGUAAUUUCCGAUGAGUCUAGUUGUCGUCACCGCUCUGGUGGAUUCGGAGGUCGAAGGUUCGCCUCUAGCGCCGUGUCCCUCCACCUGCCGAGCACUUCCGGUCAAUCAAAGAUCCCCGCUCAUCGCAGUCAUGAAGAAAUCCGUAGCCGAAGAUCGAGAGGUGGUGGAGACAUCACGGGAGAGGUAGACGCGGACGGACGUUAUCACUCCGCGCCCAGUGUCAUAGAUGAAGUGGUCCACAGAAGAGACUGGGAGAGAUCCGCCGUAGAAUUAUACGUGCCGCUGAAAGGAGACGACAGUGGCACAGAAGAAGAGAGAGACAUAGAACAGGCGAAAGAAGAAAUUGGACCGUGCUCCUUCCCGGAGACGAGAACCUGCAAGAAACAUUAUAUGAAUAUAAAAUCAUCACGGAAGAAGGAAACGCAAUCGAGCGGAGACGAUAAGGAUGACGAUGAAACUGCGACGGAGAAUGUCUCGGGGAACGAAGCUAGCGACGCUAACGAAACGAACGAAAAUAAUAACAACGAUAGACCUGAAUGCAGGAAAGUUUUAAAAGUGAAGGAAGCCAAGCAGAGCCUGAACGAGUCGAUCAGGACUAAGGACAGGCAGCGACAACCCCUGGGGCCUUUGACGGAGUUCCAGGUGGCCGGCUUUGACUCGAACGCUGGAGAAUACAUCGAGUUGGACAGAUCUGGCGCUCGGCAUCAUUCCGUGGAGUCACGAUUUAGUUCCAUCAGCCCUCGAUCAGUUCCUGGACCGCCGCCUUCCGUAGAGGCUGUUGGCUACUCGUUCGAGUCUUAUCACGAGGAGGCUGGUGCCGCGGGAGUGUGGCGUACCCCCGCGGAGUGUCGUCGCUCUCGUCAUGCCAGCGCUGGUGAUGUGUUAGCUACGGUCAUUAGACCACAGUCUGGAGCCCUGUCUGAAAGCGAAUUGGACUGGGAUUUGGAAGAGAUUGAGGUGAGAGGGAAAGAGACGGCAAUAUAAAAAACAGAUACACACACACACACACAUAAAUACAAACUGACGUAAACACAAACUAUAAAUUCAUGUACCACACUGCUAUGUUUGAAUAUGUAUAUACAAGUUUAGACUUUUGGUUCAAGCGACUUAAUGUAUUCAACUAAAAUACGUAUGACAAAACAUUGGAUGAAAGAUUCAAUAGUCUGUACAUAGUUAUAGAAUUUAGAAGGACACACAAAUAUAUUGACAAAACGUAAAGUGUUAAUCAUCGCGCUGUAUGUGACAGUAUAUUUUCAUAGUAAUUUCUUAUGUAUUGAAUAAAAACACGCGUCUUAUUUUGGUAUCCUGUUACUGGAAUAAUAAUGAGUAAUUUAACAAUGUUUAAUGAAAAAGAAUGUCCGAACCACGGCUGUUAAGUAUAAGAGAGUGACAUUCAAAUAAGUAUUUUCCUAUUUAUUUUUUUACAAAGAUGUGUAUAGCGUAAUAAUGUGACAUUAAAAGCUGGCAACAUUCAAUUAAACAUAAUGUUUAUAGAAUUACACUAUGUUCUAGUCAAUUAUGAUAGUCAUUUACAUUGAUUUUUUUAUAAAACCAAUUGUGUUUUACAAUUUUUUCGUAGACGAAGUGAACCUGUUUAGUUUUUGUAUGUUUUUUUUUUAUUUACUGUUAGUUCGCGUUACCUUAUAUCGCUUCUCAUUCAGUAUAAUGUUUAAU